AUGUUCGGCAGAUUGGAAACCUCCAAGCACAUCAUACCAGAUGAGACCGAAUGCAGCAGUCGAAGAGACGCGUUGUCCAAGCUGAUACUACUACCAGUACUAUCUUCCACACCAGAGUUUUCCUGGGCCGCCACGGACAGUCCCUUUUCCUUUCAACAAGCCGAAUCGUCGCAACUGGCUGUGGGAUUGUUGGAAGCACGCGUCACGGAAAACGUACUGAGUCCACCGCCCUAUGGCAUGGAAGUACCAGACAUCAUUUAUCCCAGCUGGUUUCAAGGAACCUGGCAAAUCUCCUCUCGAACCACAGACGUGCAAGCACCCUGUGGCGCGGCACUCUUUGGAGGAAAUGCCACAUUGGAACGAGCCAAGAACGAAAUUGGAACCACGCUACAAUACGAUGCCAGGUUCAUUUCUACUACUACCAGUACUGGUGCAAUUGUGGCCGAUCGAUACUACAAUGUACAGUCGAUUGCCAAGGCUGCCAUGGGAGAAUUCAGUGUCAUGGACAUUCCCGUUGCUACACCCAACAAAUUGACAUGCGUCUUGCUUCCCAAGGGAUCACCACGCAUGUUACAAGUCGAUCUCAUUGCGCUCAAUCGACGACAAGAAACCAUUUCGGAUCUCCAGUUUGAUUGCAGUGAAGUCACACGGGAAAUUGUUGCUCCCGUCAACAAUAACAAUGCACCACCGCAACAACAACCACAAUCCAACAACAACAACAACAACAACAACAAUCCCAUUUUAAAAGAAAUCGAAACCACGUCGCUGUAUACGUACAAUCCCUCCAAGAACGAGAUUACCUGUCAACAACGGUCGGCCACAUUCCUACUGCCGUCGCAAACAUCCCCCAUUGCCUACAAAAUGUGGGAAGCGGCCAGAGGACGGCCCAUUGAUACUAGAUUCUAUCAAGUGCGGUAUACCAAAAAGGGGUGA